UUUGGGGGUUCAGCUGUCCACUUCAUCUUCAUCUUCGUCUUCCUCUUCUUUCUCCUGUUUGCUUGCACUCUUUGUCAGCUCCGUCUGCACACUGGUGACGAUGGAGACGACGGCGAAAGCAACUGAGCUGUUGACGCCCCCCCAGCCCGAAUUGGCGCCGACGUCACGUGAUGAUAUCACAGAAGGCAGGGUGGCCCCGCCCACCGCUGUCCCCUGCGACCCCAUGGAGGAGUUCCGCAGGCGACUGCAAGAGAUCAUCGGCGCCGACGCUCAGGCUGGCGAGGACAUCCAUCAUGACGACGGCGGGAGUGUGGAAUCAGAGUAUUCCGGCGUGGCGGCCAGUCUGAAGGAGGGGGCGUUGUCUCCUGAGGACAAGCUAGAACAUUUGAUGAGGAAACACGCUGAGCUGUUGUUGUGUAGGCGUGGCGAUGAGAAAGAGCUCCAGGUUCUACGUAAGAACGUCAGCAUCCUGCAGGGCGAGCGACGGCAGCUGGAGAGAUUGUGCACGGAAGUGCAACAUUACUACAACACACUCAGGGAGGAGGCGCUGGUGCGCUGCAAGGAGGACGAGGAGAAACGGAAGGAGAUGACGACUCACUUCCAAAAGGUUCUGAGUGAGAUCCAGACGCAGAUCGAGCAGCACAGCGCCCGCAAUGCCAAACUGUGCGGCGAGAACGCCCACCUCAGCGACAAACUCCACAAACUGCUGGAGCAGUGCGAGCGCCGGGACCAGAGUCUGGAGAAGAUCAACCGCCAUCGCGACCUCCAGCAGCAGCUGACGGAAGCCAAGCUGGAGCAGGCCAACGCGCUGCUGGCCGAAGCCCAGGAGAAGCACCACCGGGAGAAGGAAUACUUACUGCACCAGGCGGCUGAGUGGAAGCUGCAGACGCGCACACUCAGCGAGCACGCCGCUAUCACCCACUCGCAGUUGGCCCUCUACUCCAAGAAGUUUGACGAGUUCCAGACCACGUUGGCGAAGAGCAACGAGAUCUACGCUCGCUUCAAGCAGGAGAUGGACAACAUGUCCGAGAAGAUGAAGAAGAUGGAGAAAGAGUCCAACGUGUGGAAGUUGAGGUUUGAGAACUGUAACAAGGCUCUGACGGACCUGCUUGAAGAGAGAAGUGAGAAGGGCAAAGAGUACGACGUGUUCGUCCUGAAGAUCCACAAGUUGGAGAAGUUAUGCCGUGCUCUUCAGGAGGAGAGGAAAGUUCUCUACACGAAGAUCAAAGAGGUCCGCCAAGCUAACGACGAUCUCUCCUCAAAUCUCAUCACCACUUCCAACCCGGAUGGACCCGGACCCGCCGCCGUGCCGCCCGAGGCGCCACUGACAGAGGACAUGGAGCGUCUGAGGGCGGAGCAAGCCAAGCUGCAGGAGUUUGCCGACGCCCUGAUGGGGUCGCACGCCGCCGAUGGAGACGAUGAACACGAUGAUUUGGACUUGGACCAAGACAUUGUAGCCUCCGCCUUCGCCCACUUCAGUAGCAAAGGUCACCACCGAGAUGAUGAACACACAUCUGAAGAGACUCAACCAGAACCAGCUGUACAAUCAGAACCAGAACCAAAACCACAACCAGAACCAGAAGUAAAACCAGAACCUGAAGUAGAAACAAAACCAGAACCAGAAGCAAAACCAGAACCAGAAGGUGAACCACAACCUGAAGCAGAAUCAACUCUGGAAGCAAAACCAGUACCAGAAGUAGAAACAAAACCAGAACCAGAAGCAAAACCAGAACCAGAAGGUGAACCACAACCUGAAACUGAAUCAACUCUGGAAGCAAAACCAGAACCAGAAGCAGAACCACAACUUGAAACGGAAUCAAAUCCUGAACCACGACCAGAUGAGGUCCUCAAUGAAGCGGUGGAGGUCAAAGUGGUGACCCAGACGCCAAACGCGGAGGCUCCGCCCACCUCUGAAGCCACACCCCCUCCAGCCUUUCCCAAGAAGAAGAAGAAGAAGACUGGCAGGAACCUUUGAGUGUGUCCGUGUGUCCGUGUGGGCGUGUGUGCGUGUUGUUGCUGUAAUGUAGCAAACGUCCACUAGAGGUCAGUGUCUUCUUGCAGAGCACGGUUGGUGACGUACGUCACAUCGAUGCUAAAGGAAGACAACGUUCAUUUGAAGUGAAAAAGUCUUUCUUUUCCUAAAAAGAAUAAAAUAAUUACAACUUCA